AUGCAUAACCCUUCAACAGUAACCACCGCCCAAGAAUCAGGUCCUGCCUUUGAUUUUGUAGCUCAGUUGGGUGGCUUUGCUUAUAAUAAAGCAGCUCAAAGCUUAAACUCAAAUGGGUUCUCUUUGUCGAAGUCAAAUUUUCUGUUUUUUGAUAGCCCAGUUGGUCUAAAAACGAGAAAGGUUAACGCUUCAUUGAGUUUGAGUAGUAGAAGUGGUUUUAAAAGAGUUUGGAGUGAGUUUAAUAGGUCUAUUAGGUUUCAUUGUGAAAGAAUUCCAAUUGGGUUUGCGUCAGUUCAGAUUGGUUCAGGAGAUAAUAAUGGUAAUAAUAAUAUUAGUAGUAAUAAUGGUAAUGGUAAUAGUGGAUUAAGAAAUGAUGGAUGUGGUGUUUUGGUGGAUGAUGGUGUGCCUUUGAAUGGUGUAGAAGGUGAGAGUCCUAAAAGGGUUCUCAUUUUGAUGAGUGAUACUGGUGGUGGUCAUAGAGCUUCUGCUGAGGCUAUUAAGGCUGCCUUUAAUGAAGAAUUUGGUGAUGAUUAUCAGGUGUUUAUUACUGAUUUAUGGUCAGAACAUACGCCUUGGCCGUUUAAUCAAUUGCCCAGAAGCUAUAAUUUCUUGGUGAAACACAAGGCAUUGUGGAAAAUGACAUAUUAUGGAACUGCCCCACGUGUGAUUCAUCAAUCUAAUUUUGCUGCAACUUCAACAUUUAUAGCUCGAGAGGUUGCAAAAGGAUUGAUGAAAUACCAGCCCGACAUUAUUAUCAGUGUACAUCCCUUGAUGCAACAUGUUCCUCUUCGUAUAUUGAGGGCAAAGGGUCUUUUGCAGAAGAUAGUUUUUACCACUGUAGUCACCGAUCUAAGCACUUGUCAUCCUACAUGGUUCCAUAAGCUUGUGACAAGAUGUUAUUGCCCGUCAACAGAUGUAGCGAAGAGAGCAGUGAAAGCUGGGCUCAAGCCCUCACAAAUUAAGGUCUAUGGCCUUCCUGUACGGCCAUCCUUUGUUAAGCCUGUUAGACCAAAGGGUGACUUAAGAAGAGAACUAGGAAUGGAUGAGGAUCUUCCAGCUGUGUUAUUGAUGGGAGGAGGAGAAGGGAUGGGCCCCAUUGAGGCUACUGCUCGAGCGCUGGGGGAUUCAUUAUAUGACGAGAAUCUUGGAGAGCCAAUAGGUCAGGUCCUCGUGAUAUGUGGUCGCAACAAAAAGCUUGCCAACAGAUUGCUUUCAAUUAAUUGGAAGGUUCCAGUCCAGGUGAAGGGUUUCGUUACUAAAAUGGAGGAAUGCAUGGGUGCUUGUGACUGCAUUAUAACAAAGGCUGGACCAGGGACUAUUGCAGAAGCAAUGAUUCGAGGUCUUCCCAUAAUUUUGAAUGAUUUCAUUGCUGGACAAGAAGUAGGCAACGUGCCUUAUGUGGUAGAGAAUGGAUGCGGGAAAUUUUCAAAAUCACCACAAGAGAUUGCAAAAAUUGUUGCUGAAUGGUUUGGUCCAAAGGCAGAUGAACUCAGUGCCAUGUCACAAAAUGCACUAAAGCUGGCCAGGCCGGAUGCUGUAUUCAAGAUUGUCCAUGAUCUCCAUGAGCUGGUCAGACACAGAAAUUUUGUACCCCAGUAUUCCUGUGCAACUUGA